AUGGCCGCCGCUACGGUCAACCCGUUGAUGUCGACCCAAAAGUCAGACAGCAGUCUACAAGUAGCUCUACACCCGCUGCCCAUCCUGGAGAUUUCCGACUACAUCACACGCAGCUACCUACGCGGCUACAAGGGCGCCAUCGUAGGUGCCCUCAUCGGCCAGCAAAAUGGCCGCCAGAUCACCAUCGAACACAGCUUCUCGGUCAAGACCGAACACACCGGCCAGAACUACAAGGUUGAUUCGGAGUGGUUUACGGCUCGCCUGGACCAAAUGAAAGCCGUCCACAAAGACCGUGCUCUCGACUUUGUCGGAUGGUACACCCUAGUGCCCAAGAGCGGUCCUACCGACGCCCAUCUCCCAAUACACAGCUACUUUUACUCACAGAACGAGUCCGCCGUGCUUCUUGGCUUUCACAUCCACGAAAUCCUGAACCCCGUGGCCGGCGAUCCCCUACCUUUGACGAUAUACGAGAGCAACCUGGAGAUUGUCGAUGGCACCGAGGCCAGCACUGCAGAAGUAGAAGGCGAAGAUAGAGAGAUGAAGGAUGUCACAGCCGAGCCCUCAAGAUCCAUCAAGUUCCGGGAACUUCCCUACACCACAGAAACGGGUGAAGCCGAGAUGAUCGCCCUGGAAUUCGUGCGGGAAGGUGGCAGUGCCAACGUUACCACUAGCGCAACCAAUACAACAGCCGCCGAGGACGAGGGCUCCGACAAGCCUCUCAUGAAGAAAGUUGUCGACACAAACAAGGGCAGCAAACGACGCGCCGUGAGCUCAGAUGAUGCUGCGGCAGAAGCACCCACAACGAGUAGCGCCGCCAAAGGAACCGCAACAAAUAACAACCGAGACGCCAACCUCACCAAGGCCGAAUUAGAUUACAUGUCGGCUCUCCAAGCCAAGUACAACGCCGUGCAAAUGAUGAAGAAGCGACUCGACACUGUCAUCUCCUACCUCCAACGCCUACCCCCCGAUUACCUUUCCAGCGGAGACGCCUCCUCCCAACAUCAGCAGCAGCAGCAGCAAACAGAGGGCGCAGCCCAGCCCCAGUACACAGUUCCCUCGAACAAAAUUCUUCGCCAGAUCCAAGCGCUGGUGACCAACGUCCAGCUAGUCAUGUCCAACUCGACUUCAGGGCAAGGACAAGGACAAGGAGAGAGGGACACGGAUCUCAGCGCGUUAGAAAAGGAGCUACUCAAGGAAACCAACGACGUCAAGCUCGUCGAGCUGAUUGCCGAUCUGAUGAGCAGCGUCAAAGACAUGAAGGAAGUGGGCAAGAAGUUCCACGUGGUCGAGACGGCCAAGAAUAGCAAGCGGCGCGAACAGGCUUCACACGGCGGCGGAGAACGGUUUAAUCCCCACCACCAAUACCCGGGCGGCGGCAGCAGCAUGAUGAGAGAGCACGCCGGCUUAGUUGGCGAGGGCUCUGCUUCUGGUUCUGGUGGUUCAGGUCCUGCUGGUGAUUUGGCUAGGUUCGAUCACUAG